GUCAUUAUCUUUAACAAUCAAAACCUCAAUUUCCAUCCCAUUUGUUAUUGCAGAUUUAAAGCAUUUCGUAUAUUAAAUUCUCAAACAAAACUAAAGAAAAAUCGAGUAGGAGAAAUCAGCAAUGGGGAGGAGCCCAGUUGAUUAUUUGGCCAUGAAAACGGACCAAAAUCCAGUCACGGCUGAAUUGAUUGAUUCUGACAUCAAUGAAUUGAAAAUGGCAGCCAAGAAACUCUUCAACCACGCGACCAGACUCAGCGGCCUUGCUGUUGGAACAUCUUUUCUCAAAUGGGUCGCAUCUUUCGCUGCCAUUUAUCUGUUGAUAUUGGAUCGGACAAAUUGGAGGACUAACAUGCUGACUUCACUUUUAGUACCAUACAUCUUUUUCAGUUUGCCUGCAGCUCUUUUCAGCUUCUUGAGGGGAGAGUUCGGGAAGUGGGUUGCUUUCAUUGCUGUUGUACUGAGGCUUUUCUACCCUCGACAUUUCCCAGACUGGCUGGAGAUGCCUGGUGCACUAAUACUUUUGCUGGUGGUUUCCCCAAGCUUCUUUGCUCACGCCCUGAGGAACAACCUGGUUGGCGUUUUCAUAUGCCUCAUUAUCGGUUGCUAUCUCCUGCAAGAGCAUAUCCGGGCAUCUGGAGGAUUCCGUAAUUCUUUCACGCAAAAACAUGGUAUUUCUAACACCGUCGGCAUCAUCCUCUUGCUGGUGUACCCAAUCUGGUCCUUGGUACUUCACUUCCUCUGAUUUCGUUUUCGUGGAUGAUGAUGAUGCUUUGGACAUCGCUUCUUUAAACUUUCAUUGCUCCACAAGUUCAGUGAUUGAUUAGCUAUUGAAGUAAAAAUCAAAUCAAUCAAACCCGAGUAUUAAUUGUUACCCGUAGAAUAGGAAUUCUUUGCUUUCCUGUGUACUGCUUGGUUUGCAAGGGAAAGAUGACUCUGCAAAUACUCCCACAUAACUUUUUUGAUUUAUUA